AGUAAAAUCUCGUGCCAACUCUGCGAAGGGCGACAUCACACUUCGAUAUGUGAGAGUAAAAACCCUGAUGAAACUAACAACGGUACAAGUUUCACAGCCAGUAUAAACAAAACAUCUGUAAUCCAUCCUGUAGUGUUAAUUAAGAUAAACGGACAGACAUCCCGAUCGUUGCUUGAUAGUGGCGCCAGUCACUCUUACGCCUCAUCGACCCUAAUCGAACAGAUUAAAGCGCGUCCUGUCAAAACUAGUACUCGCAGAAUAGCUACCUUAAUGAGCACAACUACGACUAAAGUUGAAGAAUACGAUUUGUCUUUAGAAGCAAUAAUUUUAAUACGGAAAUUUGUUCUCAAUGCCAGAGUUACUAAAAUAAACAAGCGCGAACUAUUGACUUUAGAUAAUCCUAACUAUGAACGGCUUUUAAGUGAAUAUGAGCACUUGAGAGGUGUUACUAUCGAUGACAUGACCGAUGAUUAA